GUCAAAUAGUGCAGUGGGGAUCUUGUGAGACAACAAAUAAACGAAUUAAAAAUGUGCUUAUUUGCGCUAUUUUCUUCUAACGAUCGCAACUACUGCAGUAGAGACUGCAAAGCGCAAAAUGUCAUAGGUUAAGGUAGCCGCAAUUAGUUUUUUUUGCUAUUAAGUGGCUAUAUCAAGCUGGGACACGUGCGUUUACGUUUGGAAUGUGAUAAUUAAGAAGAGGCACUUGCCAACACCUAUUUAAGGAAAAUAGAUCGAGGCCUAGCAAGAAUGGCAUGAUGGUACGGAAAAAUGAAAUGCUCGGAAUCAUAACAGUGGCGAUCGUUUGCCUGUUCCUGAUAGGAUUGAGUCAGAAAGAGCCAUCAAACUACCACAACAGACCACUGCGAUACAAACAGUUCCUGGACCUCGAUGACUCCCUCAAAUCGACUAACAUCACUGCUAUUAUUCCUUCAAUACAGCAAGUUGUUGUGCAGCAAAAGAAAUUACUUGCUCAUGAGCUGUCCGACUACAGAUUUCCUAAAGGUGAAAGCAUUGAGGAUUACACCUUAGCAUCUGGUGGUAGACCCAUUCGAACGGUGAUAUUCACAACCUGGAGAUCUGGGUCAACCUUCCUAGGAGAUGUUCUCAAUGCGGUGCCAGGCAAUUACUACCACUAUGAGCCUUUACUAGAAUAUGGGAUAGUUCAAAUCAGGGGAGCGCCACAUGCCGAGUCAGCAUUAUACACACUGAAAAGCCUAUUGAGUUGCGAUUACACAAAUCUGUAUAGUUACCUCCAGUACGGCAUGUCUCAUGUUUACUUGUUUACUCACAAUACCCGAUUGUGGAACCAGUGUGAGAUGUAUCCCCAGUACUGUUGGAAUUCAACGUUUUUGAACGAGUUUUGUAAGCUGUUUCCUUUCCAGUCGAUGAAGACGGUCAGAAUGAGGUUGUGGUUAGCAGAGGAUCUACUGAAAGAUGAUGAUUUGAACGUUAGAGUGGUUUUGUUGGUACGUGAUCCCCGGGGUACACUCCAAUCUCGCAGACACAGAGAUUGGUGUCCAGGUCAACCGGAUUGUGAUCAUCCCAACAAUCUGUGCGCAGACAUGGUCUCAGAUUACAGUGCAGCUAUACAGUUGAAGAGGAGGUAUCCAGAUAGGUUUCGGGUAAUUCGAUACGAAGAUCUUUCACUGAACCCUCAUGAUCACAUAAGGAGCCUCUUUGAUUUCUUGGGAAUGUAUCUCCACCAAGAUGUGAUAAAUUUUCUCGAUUCCCACACGAAGAUAAACAUCGGGGGAGUUUCGAGUACCUUCCGUGAUUCAAAAAGUGCCCCUUUCCAUUGGAAAACAGAUCUCAAUUAUACAGAAGUUCAGUACAUAGAAGAACAUUGUGAAGAAGCCAUGAAGCUGUGGGGAUACGUCCGUUCAAAAAACUCCAGCAGCCUUAAGGAUUUAAAUCCGUUGAUCUCGUAUGAGAUCCAGUGAGGGAAUCGUUCCUAUUUUGUACCCAUCCAUUUUUUAACAGCACUAAACAAUUUCUUUAUCCUCGUUGACCCGAAAUAAUCUAUUGAUAAUAGAAAACGAAUAAGGGUGAACUUUCACCUUUAUAUAGCAGACAGUUCUGUUGAAAUGUGUUCAGAAUUACGCUCUGAUACAUCCUGAAUCUUAUGCUUGACAUUUUAUGCAAAAGUAGAACGACAAAACAAACGGUAGGCGACACUGCACGCAUAAAGGCAGCUCUUAGUAUUUCGCAGCGUAUAAAUGAAAAUAGUACUCAAAUAUAUCUAUUUUAUUUUUAAAUAUGCGUAUUUUGCAUGAUUUUGUGCUUGACAGAAGCAUUUUUUUUAAUAUAGAAGUGACUGAUAAUGUCCCAGCCUAUGAAGGCAAACAAAUUUUUGCUCAAAUUGAGAUACGUAUACCCUCUAUUUUUUCAUUUGACUCUAACAACUCAAAAAAUAAAUAUUGCAAUCGGGGUACGAUAACCCGUGCCGACUUUCGGUCAAGCUUUGCAUUUGAAAGCUAAUAGGGAAACCAUGUAUGGAUUUCAAAACCUUGAACGCAACAUAAUAAAAAUUGUUUAGUGAUCAAGCCAUAGAAGCAGUGGCGUAACUACCUUGGGUGGCACCCGGUGCGGAAGUUGGUGACACCCCAUCGAAAGUCAAAAGCAAUAAAUUUUAGGAGAUAUAAACGUCAUGGAUCAUUUAAUAUUUAUAUAUAAAAUAUUGAAGAAAUAA